CAUUAGUUUGGGACUGCUUGUGAAAUGUAGCACAACGUACCGAAAUAGCAACAGAUUUGUCUACAUGGCAAUUUGGAUACAAACUUAGACGGACGGAAUUCGAUUUUUAUACUUAAAAAAUCUGUGAACCACACAUUUGUUUGUUUCUACAAGAAAAUUGUUUCAUUUGCUUUUUGCCCCAAAUCAAAUGAAAAAGUGCUGUUAUUUUACUUUUGUACUCCAAUACAAGAAACGAAAAUUGCCUGUAGGACUGUAGUUGGAAACAAAAUAAUGAGUCACUUUUUCAUUUGUUGAUUGCUAAUCGAGAUUAGAAACAAACUAGAAUGAUGUGUGUGUGUGUGUGUAAAAGACUGACCCGCUUUGCCAGCAGUGUGUUUGGGUUAGCAAGUGAGUAAAAAUCGCUAGACUGCUGCGCUUGCCUGAAAACCAAAAGUUCUUCAACUGCGAAGAGAUUAGAUGGUCGUUGUGGCGUCUUCUAAUUAUUAUUAAUCACAUGUGCAUUUAAUUUAAAGCUGCGCUUUAAAGGUCAGAUGACAAAGAUGUUAUGGGGUCAAUUAAAGUUUCUAUUUCCUAUAUUACAUGCAUGUAACUUCCAGAAAGUUUUCAACCAUAGUUCAGCCAAAAAUGAUGACUCAUAUUGAGUCCUCCCCGAACAUACCCGAAGCUCAAUGUGGUGGCUCUUAACCACCGCAAGGGCUCCCAGAAGUGACGUUGCAAUUGCCAAACACAGCGCGCUACACACUAUACCCAAUGGCGAGCAAAGUCUUGGAAUAUGCGGAGGAGCAGGAUUUCGACGUACAGGAAGCGCCCAACUGAACUUGGCAUCGUCAAAGCGUACGUUUGAGCCGAUCGCACGGUGACGACGACGAGCAGCCAAGUCGCAGCCGUACAACAGAAAAAGGGAGUGGCCACUGGCUCCAUGUGACGGCCGCCGCUGACUGGUGAGAAAGCAAGUGCACUUCCCAUCUUUCUCGUCCCGGGCUGCUUCUCCACUUCCUGUCCGCGAAGGUUCACGCGCCGUACGGUCGCCCGAGCCACCUGGGCUCCCCGAGUGGGAGAGAGACGCCGCCGCCAUCAUGGUGCUGUCGCAGAGACAAAAAGACGAACUAAACCGGGCCAUCGCCGACUAUCUGCGCUCCAACGGCUACGAGGGCGCGUACUCUACCUUCAAGAAAGAGGCCGACUUGGACGUGAAUGAAGACGUGGACAAAAAGUAUGCGGGUCUUCUGGAAAAGAAAUGGACGUCUGUCAUCAGAUUACAGAAGAAGGUGAUGGAGUUGGAGUCCAAGCUGAACGAAGCCAAGGAGGAGAUGACACACGGCGUUCCGGUGGCUCAGAAGAGAGACCCCAAAGAGUGGAUCCCUCGCCCCCCGGAGCGAUACGCCCUCAGCGGGCACCGCGCCCCCGUCACCAGGGUCAUCUUCCAUCCCGUCUUCUCCGUCAUGGUCACGUCCUCCGAGGACGCCACCAUCAAGGUGUGGGACUACGAGGCGGGGGACUUUGAGCGGACCCUGAAGGGCCACACGGAUUCUGUUCAGGACAUCUCGUUCGACCAGACGGGCAAGCUGCUGGCUUCGUGUUCCGCCGACAUGAGCAUCAAACUUUGGGACUUCCAGGGUUUCGAGUGCAUCAGGACUAUGCACGGCCACGACCACAACGUGUCGUCUGUCGCCAUCAUGCCCAACGCCGACCACAUCGUGUCCGCGUCCAGAGACAAGACCGUCAAGAUGUGGGAGGUGGCCACCGGGUACUGCGUGAAGACGUUCACGGGCCACCGGGAGUGGGUCCGCAUGGUGCGGCCCAACCAGGACGGCUCGCUGAUCGCCAGCUGCUCCAACGACCAGACGGUGCGCGUGUGGGCCGUGUCGUCCAAGGAGUGCAAGGCGGAACUGCGCGAGCACGAGCACGUGGUGGAGUGCGUGUCCUGGGCCCCCGACAGCGCGCACCCCACCAUCCUUGAGGCCACCGGGUCAGAGAACAAGAAGAGUGGGAAGCCCGGUCCGUUCCUUCUCUCUGGAUCCCGAGACAAAACCAUCAAGAUGUGGGACGUCGGCAUCGGAAUCUGCGUCAUGACUUUGGUGAAGACGCCCACAAACCAAACCGCUACACGACAUGCACAAACAUCCACUUACACACAACAAUCUUCGGGCUGGGCAAUAGGCCUUCAAAUAUCCAAUUGCAAUGUUUCUUUCACUUUCGCUUAUAAAAGCAAACAACUUCAUUCAAAACAGGUUUGGUGUAUUUUGAUAAGAAUUACAGGCAGAACAUUUGACUGUUUUACAAUUCUUUGUUCUUUAGUGUUUAACUUUACAACAGAGAUAUUUUUGUCUAUGUAGGACGACCGAACCAGAGCUGCCAAAUGUUACGGAACGUCUAUUUUGUUACGGCUGUAACACUGAUUGGGAAGUCAGCGUCUGACAUUCCCGCCGCGUCCACAUUGAACAGCUGCUCCGUGCACGCUAUUUUAUUCCGCCUUCUGGCUGCCAAGCCACGCAGGCGAAAGUUCUCUUUUCAUCCGGUGUCAAGGCGUUAAAAGUCACUCAUCAUCUCCUCCGUGCUAGCAAAGAAACUACACUUCUUAGCGUGCUUCUCCCAAAAGUGUCCCAAAGGGAGGACGAGGAGUGGAUAGGCCAAGACCACGUCAAAGUCACGCUAAUUGCUAACUAUCGUUACACGCAGUCGCAAAACAUCAAAAGAAGUGAUUUGGUGAAACGGUACACUUGUCACGGAGGUCUGGCUGGAACCGCGUUUUUCCGGAGAGUAACCAACUUCGAACAACAAAAUAACAGGCCAAUUAAUGCGCAUUUAGAGAUUUAAUUAUAAAAUAAUACACGUCCACACAGGACGCGGCGUCUGAACCGCCAAUGAAUUUUAAUUUGGAAUUGUGAGAUCUGAUUAAUGUGCUUUUUUUGUGUGUUACCAUGGUUGUAAACAAUUGGCAAAAGUGAUUACAUCCAUAGACAUAUCUUUGAUGAAGGAACGGCGAAAUCUCAUAUAUUGGUACUUUGAUUCAGGCUGCAACUGUUAGUAAUGUAAUGACGAUUAUGAUUGGCGCACGGAAAUAUUGUUGACAAAAUUUUGAAAAUAUGAAAAUUCCGACAAAUUUGGACAAAUUGCUCUGGAAGUGAAUUUUGAUAGGUCUGCAGCUCUGCAGAACUAUGUCGUUCUGUGCUCCUGAUUCAUUUUUUGGGCGGGGGAGGCGCAUGACGAAAACUGCCCCCGAUGACUCACUUGGCGCCCGGCUGGAAUUUCCCCGUCCCACGACGUAACCACCCGAGCGCCUUCCCACACCCCGAAAAUCCAUCUUGCCGUCAGAUACUCCGGUGGUGCGACGGCUUCAGAGCGCCUCAUUGUUGGUCACGAGUAUGCGCACGUCACAAAGAGGAAGGCGGAAUUUUUAUUUCUAACCGCGACUCGGCAGCCAGCGUGUGGAUCCGGGUUUGGGGCCGUCGUAGCCACUUUAGAGCACCUCGUCGUCUGCCGUGAGCGAGUGCGUGUGAUAGCGGAGAAAAGGGGUCAAAUGACCUGAAUGAUAUUGUGUUGUGUGUUGCGCUGUUAGGUGGGCCACGACAACUGGGUGCGCGGCGUGCUGGUGCACCCCGGCGGCGGCUUCAUCCUGAGCUGCGCCGACGACAAAACUUUGCGGGUUUGGG